AUGGCGUUUGACGCUGCGGUCGCCGCUCGGUUCCUCUUCGAAGAGGGCUCUGAGAGUGAGGAGAGCGACGACGAUCUCUUCUUUUCCGACGCGUUUUUCACCCGCGAAGCGCACGCGCCAGCCUCCGAGGCCUCGCCGCGCGGCACAGCACCCGCGGCCGCCUUUCAAGAUGACGAGGAAGACGCGGACGCGCGAGGAGGCAAGCAGCGUCGGCUGCUCGCGUCUCGCGAAGAAAUCAUCAUCUGGGCGGUGGACUGCAGCGCAGUGCCCGAGGAUCUCUUCCACCCGCGCAAAACGCACGCCAAGCAGGAAGCGGCCGCGGGCGAAAGCGAGUCUGUCGGCUUCACACAGACGCAAGAAGAAAACGAAACGACUCCGUGGACCGAAAUUAUGACCGCGUGCGCGACAUUUUUGAAGCGCAAAAUCAUCUCCGGGCAGCGGCUUGUAUUCGGGUUGUUCCUUACGGGGACCGAAGGCAGCCAAAACAGCCUGGGUUUCCCUCACAUCUGCGCGGCGUUCCCCUCAGUGGAAGAGGUCGACGUGCAGACAGUGCAGCGGGUUCAGGCUUUAAGCCGGUUGAGCAGAGAGGAUUUCACUGCAGAGUUUGGAGCGCCUGUCGCUCGCACCAAAACCGAAUGUCCGCCUCUCGCUGAUAUUUUUUGGCUCAUCAGCCACUCUCUCGGCGCGGCUUCCGUGGCUCACCGGCGAGGCAGCGGCCCGCGCUUUAUUCCGCAGCGCGUCCUCUUCUUCACGGCGGACGACGACCCCUGCAGAGACGUGGCUCGGGAGGCGCGCGACGCGGCGCUCCAGAGGCUGCGGGACAUGCAAGAAGACGGAGUCGAUUUUCUCCUCGUCCCCCUCGAGAGCCCCGGCGAGCCGCCGUUCGCCAUGGAGCGCUUCUGGGGCGACGCGCUGCUGCUGGAAGACAGCCUCGGACCUGAGGCCGGCGACGAAGGCCAUGCGAGCGCGGCGUACAAGCGACAAGUGCGGCUGCAAGUGGACGCGAUCAACGACAACAUUCGGCUAGUCGACCGCACGCAGCGGGUGUUGUCGCUCCUUUCUCUGCACUUGCGGCCUGCGCUGGAGCUCCCGGUGUGCUUGCUGAGCUCCGUGCGCGCGCAGCCGCUGCCGCGGCCGCAGGCGGUCCUGACUGCCGACGCCCGCCAGGAGCCUCUGGCGCCCGGUGCGACCCUCAAGCUGCUAGGGGAGGGCGCCGGCGGCGAGGCGGCCGCGCAGCGACGCGCGCCUGAGGGGGACUCCGACGAGGCGGAACCCGCGGGAGAGGGCCUACCUGCAGAAGACCAGGAGGAGAUGCUUGUGAAGAAAGUGCAGCUGCUGGGCCCUGAAGCCAUCCAGCCGUAUGCCGACGCGGGCGGCGAGAAGAUCGGCCUCCACUCUAAAGACAUGCAAGCUGUGAAGAACUUCGGCCCUCCAGGCUUGUGGCUCCUCUGCUGUCUGCCGGCCAAGUCGCUCCCUUACGAGCUGAACAUCGCCAGUCCCCUCUUCGUCACGACGGCGGUCGCGGCGGCCGCCGCGGCAGGGCCCGGCGCGGUCGCUGGGACAGGGAGAGAACAAGACAGGCUUUUCUCGGCCUUCGUCAUGACUCUCUAUAAGCGCAAACUUGCUGCUCUCGUGCGCUACGUGCCCAAGCACGGCUCUGCAGUGGCUCUGGCGGCGCUUCUGCCUCAGCUCGAAGAAGUUGACGAAGCAGGAAACACGCUGCAGGCGCCCGGCCUUCACCUCCUCCGCCUCCCGUUCGCCGAGGACAUUCGCAGCCUCCAGUUUCCGUGGGCGUCGCUUUCCUCCUCUGCCGCAGCUGAUUCUGAAGGGGCAAGGGAAGCAGUGGAGGACGAAGAGACCGGCGCAGACUCCAGAGCUUUGAGACGCGAGCGCGAAGAGCAAGUGCGAGACGCCAUGCGCGUCCUCGUUGACUUAUCUGUCGAGGAUUUCCAUCCGCACCAGCUCAGCAACGACGCUCUGCAGAGACACUUCGCCAUCAUCGAGGCCCUCGCGCUCGGGGCCCCCGAGGCGGACGUGCCGCCGCCUACCCUCGUACCCGACCAGGCCGUUUUGCAGAAACUCAGGGAUCCGAUUCUCAAGUGGAAAAAAAGCGUUUACGGCACUGCAGAUGAAGACUUCGUGCCGCCUACGCCGCGGUUCGUCGCAGCCGCCGCGGAGAAGAAGACGGCCUCAAGGUUCGCGGGUUCAGCGGGUUCGCCGAAGAAGAGACCGGCGCCCAGCGCCGCCUCGCCGCGCGCCCGUGGCGGCGCCGACGAGGACGACCGCGAGGGGGGCGAGGCCCGCGCCGCGAAGAAACCGAGAGAGGCCGGGAAAGGCAGAGACAGAGGGGGCAGUGUCACCGACGAGCUUUUUGAGCUCCUUUUCAAGGAUAAUCGGCUCGUGUCGCUGACAGUUGCGCAGCUUACCGCGUGGAUCCACUCAAAGGGCGAGCGGCCGAAGGGGAAAAAGGCAGACUUAGUGCAGCAGGCGGAGGGCAUAUGGGCGCGGACGCGAGAGUGA